GAAACCACAGUGGAACACGUGUAGGAUGGCAAUUAGCACGUGGCAGUGAGAGGUCCUCACUCAAAUGAAAAAUACUGAGAAAAAGAGAAAUGGGCCGAUCUUCAUCAGCAAUACAGGAAAUUGUCCGUCGUCAUGGUUACAAAAGCAGGCUGGAUAUAGUAUUUCAUCACUCAGUUGGGGUGUGCUUGAAAACGUGGUUAAUGCCGGACCAGGAGGUGCCACUUUUGACACUGCCAUGAUCAGACCGCUUGACAAAACAGAAGCACAAAAACUGGAACAAAAAAAAGUGUUGAUCUCAUAACUGACCCCAUGAAGAUGGUAGCAGCUACAAACUCAACUGGCAAUGACUCUGACAUCUGUCCCAACCUGUACGACCAUCGUGGUUGGGCACAGUAUUUCCUGCCUGCAAUGUAUUCCCUGAUUUGCAUUUUGGGACUGCUGGGCAAUGUGUUGGCUCUGCAUGUCAUUUGGCCUAAUUUUAAAAAAAUCAACUCCACAACUUUGUAUUCAGCCAACCUGGUGGUGUCAGACAUCUUGUUUUCAUUAGCUCUGCCCUUGCGUGUGGUUUACUACGCUAUGGGAUUUCACUGGCCAAUGGGGGAGGGUUUAUGCAAAGCCGUGGCUCUGCUGUUCUACAUCAACAUGUACGCUGGCGUCAACUUCAUGACUUGUUUGAGCGUGGACCGUUUCAUUGCAGUGGUGCUGCCGCUGCGCUUCUCACGCUUCCGGAAGGUUCAGAAGGUGCGGUACAUUUGUGUGGGCGUGUGGGUCAUGGUGUUGAUGCAGACACUGCCUUUGCUGUCAAUGCCCAUGACGAACAACGAGCAAAGUGGUCACAUAACAUGUAUGGAGUAUCCCAACUUUGAGAAAAUCGACAACCUGCCCGUAAUGCUCAUCGGUGCCGUGUUGCUCGGCUUCGGCAUUCCUGUCGUAAUCAUCCUGGUGUGCUAUUCGGCACUGUGCUCCAAGCUCCGCAUCCUGGCCAAAUCCAAUAAACUGACAGAGAGGUCGGGUCGCAGUCGUAAAGCAAUCGGCGUGAUUUGCACCGUCAUUCUGGUGUUCGUGGUGUGCUACAGUCCAUACCACAUCGACCUCCUGCAGUACAUGAUCAGAAAGCUGCGGUACGAGCCAGACUGCUCAGAACUGCACGACUUUCAGAUCUCGCUUCACAUCACCGUCUGUCUGAUGAAUCUCAAUUCGUGCCUCGACCCCUUCAUCUACUUCUUUGCCUGCAAAGGAUACAAGAAGAAGGUACUCAGACUGCUCAGAAAGCAAGUCAGCAUGUCCUUCUCGAGCGUGGUCAGGACCUCUCCCGAAGGCUCCUCCAAAGACGUGUUUGGGAAUGACAAAAUCCACAUGAGCUUAAGAAGCAGUCAGAAAGAGAGGAGCAGUGUGCUAUUGAGUGACUAAUGGCAGCAAUGCUUUUGAACUAUAAAUAACAAGAAGAAAUGCAGUUGAGUGACUGUGAGACUUAAAACAACACAUUUCUUAUACCUCUCUGGAUUAUUAUUUUUAUGUUUCAAGUUAUCGAUUCUCAGUGUAGAUACUAUUUUGUGAUGCUGUUUAAAUAUUAUUGCACAUUUGUCUUAGAUCGUGAUAGAAUUUGUUCUGGAGUUUUUCAUUAGAUCAUUUCAGUAUGAAGAAAAUAGUUCAAAUAACAAAAACACCUACAGUGAAAUGAUGAGCAAAAGCACUCGGUAAGAUACCAAGAAACAGUAAACCAGGUGAUUCUAAUCUGUGAUUCCACAGAAUGAGAUUCCUGUCAGAAAUAAACUCAAAAUCAAUCACUGAUUCAUUCAGUGAUAUCCCAUCAGUCACUGUUUUUCACAGAAAUCUCAUCAUUUAAAGGUGCUUUUGUGAUUUUACCCGAGUUUAAAGAGAAUAACACAUUCAAGAUUAGGAUAGCAGAGUAGACAGUACAUAGAAGUGAACAAUCAUAACAACCCCCCUAAAAAAACAAUCGUGUACCUUGGUUCUUCCUAGCAUAGGUGCCUCCGUUCCAUAAACUUGACAAUCACACUGACAAUCAAGUGUGACAUUAUCCAUUUAAAUAGUAGGUGAACCUCUACCAACUAAACACAUGAACUUGACUAUACUGAUUUAGGGGUGAGCGAUAUACCGGUAUACACGAUUAACCGGUAAAAAUUUGUCAACCGGUAUAUUUUAAACUAUUGUAUUGCAUGGUCAAGAACGUAUAUCGUUUACAUGAAUUUUUAAGUAUUGCAGUUUAAAAACAAGUGAUUUUAAACCAUUGAAGCGCAAUUAGCAGCGAAAGAGAACUGAACUGAUGAAGCCGCUGCGUAAAAAACAUUUUGAUGAACUUUUUGAUGCCAAGUGCUUUUUGAUGCCUAAAUGGGUUUGAACGGUUAAAUACACACGGUGUGUCAAAGUGACCAUGUAUUUGUAGGUAUAAUUUAUUGAUAAUGUAUUAAGUGAAGAAAAAGCACAAUCCGUGCAGUUGGUCUUGAAGUGACGGUAUCCAAAUUUACCUGCUGUCAUUAUUAAUAUACUCAAACAACAAAAAUGACACAAUCUCUCACUGCUCUUGAUUGAAUCAUUUUUGUACCUGUAAUAAGAAUGAAUGUAUAUUCAAUGUACAUAGCAAAAACUAUGCAUUGUUUUUUGUUUUUGUUUUUUAUACACAUGUAGUUUUCCUUUUAAUGUUUUUUUCAUGUAGGUCUAUUUCAUUUAUCAAUGUUUACUUGUCUUCAGUAAGCUUGAGAGUUUUUUAGGCUAGUACUGAUUUUUUUUUUUUAAUGAUAUUGAAAAUGGCGAUAUGAAUUAUGAGAUUUCAAUAUUUUUGAUAUCAUAACCUUAUUUAAAGCAAAAAUAACUAUAUUGUGAUAUAUAUCGUUAUUGUGAAAUAAAAUUACUCAUAUUGUGUGAUAUAAGAUUUUUUAUUAUUUUUUUUUUUAUAUUUUAUUUUGACCAAAUCUGUAAUUAUUUGCAGACAAUGCAGUAUCUCUGUGGUCCAAAAGGGGGUGCACAAGGGAAAAACCACUAUCCUAGUUCUAGUAACUUGUUAUAAAGUCUUGUUAUAAAGUGCUUUUGUUAGUUUUAGAUGGGCUUUAGGCAGCUGGGAAACCAGACGGUUCUCAGCUAAACUAUCUUUAACCACAAAGGACCAGCAAACCAGCCUUUUAAGCAGGACUCGUGUAGCCAACAGCUAAAAAAACAAAAACAAAUACAAUAAUAAUAAUAAUAAAGAAAAAGAGCACAAAACAAAUCUUGACAUGCACUAUAUCAAAUAAUAAUCCUGGAGAUAAAGAGAACAUAAGAUUCACACAGACACAGGUUCACACAGGUUCGAUAUUUUCUUGACCAUGAUCUUACAGCCAUGUCAAAUUCAGUGCAUUUACAACAAAGAGCCAUAAGAGGGAGACAUAAAGCAAAAAGUCAAGUUCAUGAAUAGAAAAACAUGUCACUUCUUCCUCUUUACACAGGGAACUAAAUUGACAUUUCAGUGUUCAGUUAGUUUAUAAUGAAAAACAAAUGGUAAUAUUGCUUAGAGACACGGUGAGAAUAAUUUGCUUGCUGUACUAAACUGAAUAAAAAUAAUUUUUUCAUACAAUUGCAGUAAAUGUUUAAUGCACUUAUUGUGAUUGGUAAGGUGAUGGAAAGUGGUUAGAUUCUGGAUUGCAUCAAAAUGCUUGGUAUGAAAACUAGCCAAAUAGUCUUCAGAAGGGAUGUGAAAGACUAGUGACACGAGUGAUUUGUGAAAUUAGUGACACCACAGACAAAAACAGGAAAAGUUUGAAUACCAAUGUUAUGUGUCUUGACAAAGACCCCAGAGAAGAAUUGUGGUUAGCUAAACUUUGCAAAAAUGGACGGAAACUGCUGUGUUGCUUCAACCCUCUUUGAACUGAUUCUUUUUACAGGAAAGGGGAAACAGUUUGUCAGCUUUUGCAUGAAGGCCUAGAGAUCCACUGUCAGGAACAGUUAAAAGUUUGUAAAUAAUUGCAUCUCAGCAACUGUAGAGGUUGAGUCUCAAAUAACAAUUGGCUGAUCAAAGUACUUGUCUGGGGUAUUAUUUGGUGCAUGAUUAGAAACGUAUUGUUAGCUAAGAUAAGUUAAUCCACAAUUCCACAUCGUAUUAAACCUUCAUAGAAUGCUAUCACAAAAGACACAAUGCAUUCAAAGGAGUAACUGUUAGUUCCUUUAAAAAAAA